ACGACUGGUUGAGUAGCGAUUUAAUAAACAGAUUGGCUAGAAUGCCAUGCAUCUGCCAUGACUGGGCAGGAAGGAGAGAAUUUGAGCAUUUUUUUGCAACGUGAAUUGAGGAGGAGGAGGGACCGACAUUGCCUUUUGGGUGGUCAUGCAGUCAUAGGAGUUGAAAUGCUUCAUCUGUAGUCUGUAGUUCAGAAAGAAAGACUCGUGCCUGGGACUGCGUGCAGCCUCCGUGAUGUAAAAAGUGAAAGUUUUAACAGUGCAGACGACUUCUGUUGAUGCCUAAGGCAAGAACAUCAUCGUCCUUUUUGCAUAGGCACAGCCACAUGCAGCUGGCUCUGUGAGGUGGUUAUAUUAGCCUAGAUCAGCCUAUAACACCGAGAAAAGCCCAAACAUGGAACUUUUUUGCUUGGAAAAGGACACAAUCAUGCGAGCUCAGAGAGAUCCCAACAUCUUCUGCGAUGAAAGAGUAUUGCAAAGUCUUCUAACUGUGGAGGACAGAUAUGUUCCGCAGGGACCCUAUUUUAAAUGUGUCCAGAAAGAUAUUCAGCCUUUUAUGAGGCGGAUGGUCGCGACGUGGAUGCUGGAGGUUUGUGAAGAGGAGAAAUGUGAAGAGGAUGUCUUUCCCUUGGCUAUGAACUACCUGGACAGAUUUUUAGCUGCAGUUCCUACAAGAAAAUGUUUCUUGCAGCUUUUAGGGGCCGUCUGUCUCUUCCUGGCUUCAAAAUUAAAAGCAUGCCAGCCGCUGUCGGCCAGGAAGCUCUGCAUGUACACAGACAACUCUAUUACAUCUCAACAACUGCUGGAGUGGGAGUUGGUGGUUCUAAGUAAAUUAAAAUGGAACCUGGCUGCCAUCACCCCUCUUGACUUUAUCGAACACAUCCUGCACAAACUGCCCUUCCCUGAAGACAGACAGGCGCUGAUCCGCAAACACACGCAAACCUUCAUCGCCCUCUGUGCAACAGAUCACAGCUUCACCAUGUACCCUCCCUCCAUGAUCGCCACAGGAUGUGUGGGGGCAGCGGUAAGUGGCCUCCAGCCCAACCAGAGCAGCCAAAAUCUGUGGGGGGACAAUCUGACGGAGCUGCUGGCUAAAAUCACCCACACUGAGGUGGACUGUCUGAAAUCAUGUCAAGAGCAGAUUGAGCAGUUACUGAUCAGCAGCCUGAAAGAAAGUCAACAACAACAACAUCAACAACAACAGGAGGGCAGAGCCAGCAACAAAGGGACGCAAUCUCAAAACCUGUCCUGCACCCCUACAGAUGUCCGUGAUGUCAAUUUAUGAUGUCAGUUCCUGUUCCUAUCCACCACACCUCCUCAGCCUACAAUUGAUUCAGUUAUUAUUGUAUUACUGUAUUUAAGUUUUAUUUCAAAGCCACAUUAGGUGACUGUGACGUCAUGGUCAUAUGCGCAUAAUAUACAAACACAAGCUUGACGUUUUAUAAAGGAGCAAAACAGCUGCUGCUGCCGUCUCAUAUCUGCAGGCGGUGGUGUUUUACAUACUUGAAUUUAAAUUGAAUCGGCCUCAAACAUGAUUAAAUAAUGCAGUAUGCUAUAUAUUACUUAUUAAAGAGCAUACAUCUGUAUUGGCUAUCAUAUGCAACUGUAUCUAUUAAUACUAUUGAUAUUUUUAUUUAAUAAUUAUAAUAAAAAAAAGAAUAAUACAUAUUAUUAUUAAGAAUAUUAUGCUUUUUUAACGUAUAGAAUGUAUUGCUUUAGUAAUUCCCAGAGGCCGUUUUUUUUUAUAUACUAGGUAAUUUAGGGUGCAUCCAGAUGUGAUCCCACGAAAAGCUACAGUCAGAGACAUCCAUCUGUCCUUUCAGUAGGAUCAGUUUUCUUAUUAAUACAGUGAUCUGAUGAGUUACUACUCAGGUAUGAGUAACUCCAUUAGCAUAGGGAUUAUUUACAGAUGAAUGUUAUUGCAUGCAAUACGCAUAUAUGAAUAUGUUAAAGUUUCUAUCCAUGCAUGGUGACCAUCACAGCUUCAGGACGGUUUCAGAUAGACACUAAGUAUGUAGUGAAGGUGGAGUAAAGGUAAGGUAGGCAAGGAAUAAAAGAGGUGAAAGAUUGAAAGAUUUUGCAAGUGAUUGAAACAUGAAUGGUUUUAGACAGGUGGUUUCUGGAAAGUUUGUGAUGAAUAAAAUGUGGUGCUGUUUGCUCAUUUGACAUGUUUUAAAAACACCAUCUUCACACGUGGGUCAGAGACACUCGCUAUGCUGAAGGGAUUUAUGGCAGAUUAAUAAUUUGGGAGUCUUAAAAUCCACGAUACAAAUGCACUUUCAGACAUCACCUCUCGCUGGUUAUCCCUGGUAUACAAGAGGAGGGCAAGGGUUUUUAUUUUUUGGCAUUGUUUUUCUUUUUUAAGUUAUUUUUGUUUUGGGGCUGGUUUCCCAUAUUAGGUGUGCUUGCGGGUUAUAGUUUUAAUUUUAGACCAACAUAUUUAGACCAUAAACUGAUCUAACAGUCAGCUGCCAUAGAAAUGGUGAAGUUUGACGUUUUUAUUUUAUUUGUUUUUUAGUUGUGUUGAAUUCAUGUCAGCAUAGAUAGGACAUCAUCAAAUUUCAUUAAAUCACUUUAUUUUAUUAGUCUAUUUUAUUUUAUUUUGUCAAAAUAUCAGCUUGAACAUCUACUUGAACAUUCUCAUAGAAAGAAGAUAUUUUGAAACAUGCCAAUUUCCUUUCUCUUUCUUCAUUAGCUCUUGCACUUUUGAAAAUUGAUUUCUUAAGUCAGUUCUCUUUACUGUGGACCUAAAAGUAAGAUGUUUACUUAAAAUAUAACGUGUUGUGACCAAUGUGCCAUUCCAACAUAUCUAUGCAAAUUUGUGCUCAAAGUUUGAUUCUGAGUGUUUUUGAAACAAUGUUCAUUUUUUUGGAGUAAUUUUCACACACUUAGUUUUCAGUGAGUUUGUGUGCUAUUAUAUCCUUAGGUUCAUUUUGUGUUUUUCCCAGUUCUUUUAUAUCUGUAUAAACGUUUGAACUUGUGUUCCAGUGCUGCUAAAAGAAAAAGAAAAAUGAAAAAAGAGCUAUUGCAUACCUUAAUUUCAGUUUCCAUGUUGCUGCUAUAUCACAGAAUCAUUGAACGUGUUUUCAUGGUGGCUGCAUGACUGUUUUCUGUUUGCAUUUACACUGUCAUUUAUUUUACUGGCAGACGGACCUGCAUGCAAGUGUUACACUUUUAGAUAUUUGCAUGAACAGUCUUGCCUCAUUUAUGUUCAAUGUUGUCUGACUUAACUGUUAUCUGACUUCUUUCCUAGCUAUUAUAUUAAUGUGUGUUAUGAAACGCCUUCCUUUCAGAUAAUAUUCCUGCCCAGAGUCACAUUACCUCACAGUACUUCAGUCAAGAGUAUAUGGAAGAGUAAUAAGAUUAAAAAGGGGUAUUGAACCUCUUUAACUAGUUUGUUACCGUACAGGUUAAGCCUCCAGCUUCUUUUACCAGAUACACAUUCACCAAACAUGUAUUAAUGUACUGUCUUACCAGAUGAUAGAUGCAAGACUGGGGUGCAAGACUUAGAUACAAAAUAUUAUUAUUAUUUUUUUUUUAAAUUUUGUUUGAAUUGUGGUGAAGCAGCCACCUGUUGUUAAAAGUUCCACUUCCAGAUCCAAAAAAUAUCCAAAGAAGUGGCAUUUCAGCAAUAUCACUUAUUUUCACCCUUUGUAAGUUUGAAUACUUACCUGAUUUUGGCCAAUUCAAUAAAUCUCAAAUUGAAUUAAA